GUUAACUUGGCGAAUUUGCCCGUAAGUGCGGCGAUGGCGGACGAGUUGGACCGUGGCCAAACCGGCCUAAUUAUUCCAGGCAAUACCGUCAAGUCGUUCCGAUCGCGGGUGACCAACUUGGAGGCCAUCUCGUUGUGCAACACGAUGGUCGUGGCUGAGGUGAACGACUUGUACGAAGUCGACCUUCAGUACAACAACGUCGGUGAGCUCGACGACGACGAUCCAGAAAACCAUCUGAAUGCAGCUCGAGCGAUUGCCAAGCUCUUCCUGAACUGCGACGGCUACACAUCAAACCUCGUCAACGUCAACUUGGCCGGCAACGCGCUCAACGACGAGUGUGCCCGCAUCUUGUGCACGGCGCUGGCCGAGAACAAGACGAUCCGUGUGCUAAACCUGCGCCGAAACCCCCUCGGGAACGAAGGAGGGCUCCACGUUGCACGCAUGCUCGAGAUUAACUCGAACCUUGCGGAUCUCGACAUUGGAGACACUGACAUCGGCCACGGCAGUUUGAUUGCGAUCUCGGGAGCUCUCCGCCACAACACUGCCCUCGCCCGCAUCAACUUGGACAAUCCAGUACUCAAAACGCUCGAGGAAGAAGCACUUCAACACGUGGGUAAAAUGCUCCAGGUCAACGCGACGCUGACGCAUGUCAGCUUGUGCAAGCACCAGAUCACAGACGUCGGUGCCCAAGUGCUAGCCGAGCGCCUCCUGGACAACCAUACCCUCACGUGUUUGCAUCUUCGUGCAAAUCGUAUCGGUGGCUUCGGUUCGGAAGCCCUGGCAGCACUGCUUCUCAGUGACUCGCGCAUUGUUGAACUCGACUUGACUGCCAACCGAAUUGGCAAUGACGGAGCACAAGCGUUUGAGACUGUCUUGGGGGUGUCCACCCGUCUGCAGGUGCUGUGUCUCGGGCACAACUCGAUUGAAGACGCGGGGUUGGCCCGACUAGCCAACGGUGUCGCGCGCAACUCGCACUCGGCACUUACCAAGUUGAUCGUGUGGGGCAACGACUUCGGCGACGUCGCUCCAGAGCAAUUCCACAAUUUGUUGCAGCACAACGUAGCCUUGCACACGGACGUCCAGACGUAUGUUGUCGACGGCAAGGUGCAUGUUGCUCAAAAGGAUUCGACAAAAUAACGAACUCGAGUCUUCCAUUCGUG